AUGGGUGAGACGGCCCCAGCUGAGAGACGGCUGUGGAACAGGGCUGCUCCCCAGGAUGAUUUGAGGUCUGGAUACUAUGAACCCUGGGACUGCAGCAGACUGUCACCUGAUAAGUGGCUUCCAGAGGAGCCUCUCACCUGUCAUGUCUCCCAACAGGACCUCCAGGACAGUUUGUUCUCCUCUGAAAGUGACAACAGCCUGUACUUCACCUACAGUGGCCAGUCCAAUACCCUGGAAGUUCGAGAUCUGAGCUACCAGGUGAACAUGGCUUCCCAGGUGCCUUGGUUUGAGCAUCUGGCUCAGUUAAAGAUGCCUUGGAUGUCACACAACAGCAAGGACUCUUGUGAGCUGGGCAUCCAGAACCUGAGCUUCAAAGUGAAAAGUGGGCAGAUGCUGGCUAUCAUAGGGAGCUCAGGCUAUGGGAGGGCCUCCUUGCUGGAUGUGAUCACUGGCCGUGGCCAUGGUGGCAAGAUCAAGUCAGGCCAGAUUUGGAUCAAUGGUCAGCCUAGCACACCGCACCUGGUGAGGAAGUGUGUGGCCCAUGUGCGCCAGCAUGACCAGCUGCUGCCCAACUUGACUGUCCGUGAGACCCUGGCCUUCAUCGCCCAGCUGCGCCUGCCCAAAACCUUCUCCCAGGCCCAACGCAACAAAAGGGUGGAUGAUGUGGUGGCGGAGCUUCGGCUGCGGCAGUGUGCCAACACACGUGUGGGCAAUGAGUAUGUGCGGGGAGUGUCAGGGGGAGAGCGGAGGAGAGUCAGCAUUGGGGUGCAGCUCCUGUGGAACCCAGGUAUCCUCAUUCUGGAUGAGCCCACCUCUGGGCUCGACAGCUUCACAGCCCACAACCUGGUGAAGACCUUAUCCAGGCUGGCCAAAGGCAAUAGGCUGGUACUCAUCUCCCUCCAUCAGCCCCGAUCAGACAUCUUCCGGCUGUUUGAUCUAGUCCUCCUGAUGACAUCUGGCACUACCAUCUACUUGGGGGCAGCCCAGCACAUGGUCCAGUAUUUCACAGAGAAUGGCCACCCCUGUCCUCGCUACAGCAACCCUGCUGACUUCUACGUGGACUUGACCAGCAUUGACAGGCGCAGCAGAGAGCAGGAAGUGGCCACCAGGGAGAGGGCUCAGUCACUGGCAGCCUCGUUUCUAGAAAAAGUGCGUGACUUUGAUGACUUUGUGUGGAGACCAGGGCCACAGGAGCUCGGCGUGGGCCCCUGUGCAGAGAGCCAGGCCCACCCGAGGGACCCCGACAGCCUCCAGAUGCCCAAGGACUCCCACUUUCCUGGGGCGGUGCAGCAGUUUACUACCCUGAUCCGUCGUCAUAUUUCUAAUGAUUUCCGAGACCUGCCAACCCUUCUCAUCCAUGGGAUGGAGGCCUGUCUGAUGUCCUUGAUCAUCGGGUUCCUCUAUUACGGCCAUGGGGACAUCAAGCUCUCCUUCAUGGACACGGCUGCCCUCUUGUUCAUGAUUGGUGCUCUCAUCCCUUUCAAUGUGAUCUUGGAUGUCAUCGCCAAAUGUCACUCAGAAAGGGCGAUGCUCUACCAUGAACUAGAGGACGGGCUGUAUACCGCAGGUCCUUAUUUCUUUGCCAAGAUCCUGGGGGAGCUCCCAGAGCACUGCACCUACAUCGUCAUCUAUGGGAUGCUCACCUACUGGCUGGCCAACCUGCGGCCGGGUCCCGAGCCCUUUGUGCUGCACUUUCUGCUGGUGUGGCUGGUGGUCUUCUGCUGCAGGGCCAUGGCCCUGUGCACUGCCGCCCUCCUCCCCACCUUCCACAUGUCCUCCUUCUUCGGCAACGCACUCUACAACUCCUUCUACCUCACUGGGGGCUUCAUGAUAAGCUUGGAUAACCUGUGGACAGUGCCUGCAUGGAUUUCCAAAGUGUCCUUCCUUCGGUGGUGUUUUGAAGGGCUGAUGCAGAUUCAUUUUAAUGGGCACACUUAUUUCAUGGAGGUUGGCAAUCUCACCAUCCACAUCCCAGGAGACAGAAUCCUCAGUGCCAUGGACCUGAACACAUACCCCCUCUAUGCCAUCUACCUCAUCCUCAUUGGCAUCAGCAGUGGCUUCAUUAUCCUAUACUAUGUGUCCUUGAGGUUCAUCAAACAGAAAUCCAGACAAGACUGGUGA